AUGAGCAAGACAGAGACGGCACCUGAAGCUGCGCCCGCGCCGACGGAAAGGCGUCCUCAACCGCGGUGGAUGACAGCUCCGGGGGCGCCUCCGAGACCAGAUGUAAUGGAGCACCGAACCAAGAUGAAAGCACUUUCGCAGGAGAAAGGGGCUCUUAUCGCCCAAAUCAAGGAGCUACGUGCUUCGUUGGGACCAAAAAGUGAGCCUGACAAGGAGCGCGACGAGAUCCGACAGAGGCUCAAGGAGCUUGAUGACAAACGGAAGGCUGAACAAGAAAUGCGCUCCAAAAAGUCAGAGGAGAUUAUUGAAGUAAGGAAGAAACACGACGAGUACGUGAAGAAACUCCGCUCUCUGACAGAUGACCUGGGCGGCUUUAAAAGCGUGGAGGAGUUCGACGAGGCCAUCGAGUACAUGACGAAAAAAAUGGAGACAAGUGGCGGUGGACUCGCCGCCGAGAAGCGCAUCAUGCGACAAAUAGGCCAACUUGAGGAUGCUAAACGGUACUUGCAGGAGCUGCAGCCUGUUUCCGAGGCCAUCGCGGAGGCAAAGCACUGCGAGGCGACGUUGCAACGUGAGAUCCAAGAAAUUAACGAGCGCAUUCGGGGUCUCAAUGAAGAAUACAAGGGACAACGAUCAACCAAAAUGGAGAAAGAUGACAAAAUGAGGAGCACUGGGGCGAAUCGGCAGGAAGUAUUCAAAAAGUGUGAUGAGAUCAGCGCAAAGAUCACCAGUAUUACCAAGGAAAUGAACGCACUUUCUGAGGACUUCCAGAAGGCAAUGGAGGUGUGGAAGUCGUGGUGUGAUGAAGCCCGCGCUAAGCACAUGGCCAAAAUGGAGGAAGUGCGCAAGGAACGCCACCGCAGGUUCCUGGAACGAAAGAAUGCCCCCAAGUUGGCGGAGAAGCGUGAGCGUGCGCUGCGUCGCAUGAACCCAUACGAGGUGGAAAUCGCGGCAUGCGACACCCUUCUACAGUAUUUGAGGGACCAAAAGAUUAUGGUUCAACGCGAGAAUGAGGAGCGGGCCAGGAGGGAGGCAGCGGCAAACUUUGACCCAGCGGAGUUUGCCCCAGAAGGUGCCGUGGUCUUGAACGAUGGCAUGAGUCAUCAGAACGGAGGCGACAGCAAGAAGCAGAAGCAACAAGCCAAUAAAGCAAAGAGGGAUUCGGCGCCGAAACCGCGAGUCAUCAAGCAUAGUGAAGAGAAGUUGGAAUUGUUCAAGCUUGUUGACGAGCAGCCACCGAGGUUCCUGGAAGACAUUGGUGGAAUCAUGGAAAAUAUCCGUGCCAAACUGAAGGAGUACUCCAGUCACAUCAAAACAGGCGAACCAGAACUCUCCAGCGAUGACGAGGAGGAUGAGGAGAAGAAAGAGCAAGAAGGUGAGGAAGAGGCAGUCGCUAAAGAAGAUGAAACCAAUGAGGGAGAGGGGGAGGAUUUUGCGUAA